GCAAAGCGGGAUGAUCCAAAUGAAAACUCGGAAGUUAGUUUUGUUUGUUUUCUGUGGGUUUGACUUUGCUUUAUUUUGGCUAAUUAUCGAAGAUUAAAAUCAAACUAAUGAAGUUUAAUGUGGCUUGAGACGCCCCGAAACGUAUAUCGACCACGUUUUCGGAGUUUAUAAGACAAACUGCUGCCGUGUGGGCUGCUUGGUGAAACAUGGAGGAGUUGUACACCUUGGACAGGGAGGUGGGCAGAGGCAGUUAUGGUGUUGUGUUUGAGGGCCACAUGGCCAAAACAGGACACAGGGUGGCUAUUAAACGCCUGCCCUGCAGCAACCCAGAAUGUAUUGAGCUCUACCUGCAGGAGCUGUGGGCCAUGAGAGCCACUGCCAAGAACCACGUCAAUGUCAUCGCCCUGCACAACUGUCUACUUCAGACUGGAUCCAGGAGCCUGAAGCCCCUCAAACCUGGAAAGCUGCCUCUGCGACUUGUCGAGACCGUGCUCAAAGGGAGUGUGUUGGAGUCACAAAAAGGUCAAGAAAGGAGAAAGGUUUUGUUAAACACCCUGAGAAGGACCAACUCUGCUUCCAGACUUCAGGACAAGACCAACACAGUCCUGGCCAGAGCUAAACUCAAGGGGAGGAAUAGAUCAACUGGUUCUGAUUCUUCAACCCCACAACGGCCUCCAAACCGAGCCGUGAAGAGACCACCCCAGAAUGAGGAGGAGCAGUCUGGAUCUCUGCGCUGCCUAGCCCUGUGGCUGGUAAUGGAGUAUUGUGAUGGGGGAGACCUAAACCACUACCUGCUGUCUAGACCCCCAGAUGCUGAUCGCAAUCACAGUGUGGUGCUUCAGCUCUGCAGCGCUGUGGCCUUCCUUCAUGGUUUGGGUAUUACACACAGAGACCUGAAGCCGGACAACGUUCUUGUCUGUGUGACUCCAAAAGACCCUGUUAUCAAGGUGGCAGAUUUCGGUCUUAGUAAGAUGAGCGGCGUGGUCGUGAACGGCGAGCGGUGCCGGCAGCACUUCUCCUCCACGUGCGGCUCGGACUUCUACAUGGCUCCGGAGGUGUGGGGCGGGCUGAGCUACACGGCCCAGGCGGACAUCUUCUCCCUCGGCGUGAUGUUCUGGGCCGUCCUGGAGAGGAUCACUUUUGUGGAAGAAGGGACGACGCAGGAGCAGCUGGGUGCCUACGUGUGCAAGGGUCGCUGGCUGAUGCCGCUGGGGGAAGCUCUGUGGGAGAACGCUGACCUCCAGUUGUGCGUCCCUAUGAAGUUUAAGAGGGCGCCCCCGCUGCCGCCCCCUCCCGGCCCUGCCAUGUGCACCCUGCUCUUAGACAUGCUUGCGUUGAACCCGGAUGCUCGGCCCUCGGCGGACCAGCUGGAGGCCAGGGUGCACUCUGCUUUGAAACAGGACUCCCACUGAUGGACCGUACACUCAUAAGACUGUAAUGGCUCUGACCACUAUAACCACAAUGAAAAUAACCGUGGCGUAUUCCUACUGGAGUUGUUCCUUUAGAGCUUCUUUACAGCCUCAGGGAAAAGAGCUAUUUAAAUGUAUAUCAUAGCAUGAGAUUACAGGUGCUGUUUCUGUGAUGGCAGCUAAGAGUUGAAGGACACAUUAAGGGGAAAUGAAUAAAUUCUGUUAGUGUUCUGAUUCUUUAGUAAAAAGCAGUCCAUUCACUGAACACACAGUGGUGUUCCAACGGGUCCCCAGAGAGGGUGAAUGGGACUUCAUGUGUUUCAUUCUUUCCCAACAGCGAAUGUUUUACCUGCUAAACAAGUAGCUAAAACUUCCUGUUGUGUUUUUGCUGUCACAAUUCCCAGUGCACUUCCAUGUAGCAUUAUCUGGCCUUUCAGGUCUUAAAAAGGCUCAGACCUACUUCUUAAGCUCAACAUUUACUGACUUGUGUUAUUGCAUUGCUAAGAUUGUUUGAAUGGGUAGAUGUAAAUAAGCUGGGCAUAUUUAGGAGAAAGUUUUCCAAAUAUUUUAAUCUUAACUUAAAACUGGAGAAGCACCAAUCUCAGUCGGAAUUGGCCAAUUUCUUUGCCCUGAUUGCCCCAGAUUGUAAAUCGGGCCAGAAGUGCCACAAUCCUAUAUAUGAAUUACUGAAUAAAUACAUGUACAUUUGUGCUACAGUUCAGAAUAAAAUGAUUCAAACUCAUUUUUUUUGAUGAAUAUUUAUUCAUAUAAUGGAUUGAUCUCCAAUAUUACAUAAAUCAUCACAUUUAAUCACAACUAAUUAUACACUUUCUAAAAAUGUAUUUGAUUGUGGCACUUUUGGCCUUCCAUCUAUAGAUGAUUAGCAGCUCAAAUACCUAAAAUGUUAGAAUUCUCCUUAUUUUGAAAACAUCAAAAUUCUGAUUUGAAGCGAUUUUAAAUGUUGGAAAUUUGUGUCAAAUGAAAAAAAUGAAAAAGGCUGACUGGUGCAUCUCUAUUAAAUAAUAAAAACAUUUAAGGUGCUUACAAAUAAAUACAAGUGUUUUGUA